UAACCCAUCGGCUAGCAUGUUAGAGCACGCGUACACCCGUAAACGUAGGGACACGUUUAACCAGCAUGCGUUGCACCAAACUGUCGCAUCCCGCGAACGUGAACAGCUCUCGUCGACCGUGACAAACGAACCAACGUCACAGUUCAACGAGGAUCGUCCUGGUAUGGUUAAUGUGCAUGAAACGGAGCAUGCGGACGAUCAAAAAUCUUCUUCGUCGUUGCCUUUGUCAUCAACGAGUCCAUUGGGAUCGUUGCUUCGUGCGAAUGUCUCUGACUCUUCGAUUAUUACUAAUAAUUACACCACUGCCGCUACAUCCUCCUCUGUUCACCCUGCUGCUAGUGACUCUUUCGUUUCACUUAACGACCAACCUCCAGAGAGUCAAAUCAACAACGAUUUCACGCAGUCUGAGUCGGAUAAUUUAGAUUCGAUUGUUGUCACUACAGAAUCGAUCAUUGAGAAUCGGGCUACAACAGAUUCGAUCACCGAAUUUAGCGAGUUUGGUGAGUCGAGUGGAGACAAUGGUAACGCUCAGACUAGUGAAACUUUCGUCCCUAGGGCGUCCAGUUUUGGAACGUUCUCGGUAGACAUAGAAUCGAACGAGUUUAACGUCGAAUCGAUCACCGUGAAACAUUCGUUCAACGAGGGUAGUAUUGGUAGUAGUGUUGUAGAAGUUGCACAGAAAGAUUUAGGAUUAAAUGUAGAGAAUAGUAGACAGUUACUAGAAAACGAUAGAGAACGUAAUAAAGAACCGUUUGAAAAGAAUAAACACACAAAUAAUACGUCUUUGUCCGCGGAUUUCAAAUAUGACGAAUCCAGUGUGAAUCUUACUAAAGUAGAGUUACACAAAAAUGGUACAGAAGGCGAUAGAAAAUUAUUAGAAAAUAAUAAAUACAUAAAUGACACUACUUCGCCCACGCAUGUCAAAACUGACGAGAUUAUCGCGAAUCUCACUGACAUGAAAUCGAUAGAGAACGAUAGAAAGUUACUAGAAAACCAUAUAUCUACAAAUAACACGACUUUCUUUGCGGAUGUCACUGAGUAUGAUAUGAAUGUCACCGAUUCGUUAACCGUAAGUACAACAAGUUCAACAAAGAAUGAUUUCGAAGCAAAUAUUGUGCCAGCGCUGGUAGUAGAGCACGUAGAUGUCGUUAGUUCGUUAAGCACCCCGAAGGACGAGAAAGACGGUAAGAAUCUGGAAACUGAAAGUACUGCUCGGAACGGACCACAGGAUCGCAGGAACGCGAGUUCUUCCGAUGAUUUUUCGGAUGUUGUGAAGGAAACACGAGAACUCUCCCGAGAAGAUUCUUCGUCCGAGUCUGAAACUUUGCCCAGUCAUGUGAACAGUCCUGAGAAAUCCGAAGAAUUCCAGAGAGACUAUCCUGUUUAUAAUUACGGGCAAGACGAGGUGGAAAUUGUCAAAUUAAAUCAUGAAAUAGCUGAAGAUCAUACCGCAACGAAGGACAAGAAGCUGGACCGUUUUUUGGAGAAUGAACUGAAGACCAACAAUGUUCCUCAGAAAUCAAAUUUGGUGCACCAAACUGGUGAUCUGAGGGUUAUCACUAGAGAAGAGAGUAACGAGGAGUUCUUGAGAGAGUUUGAGAAAAUGUUUCACGAAAAAUCUGCAGAGGUUGACGCUAUAAACGAAGAUUCAUAUAAAAAAGUGCACGGUAAUUUUAAUAACAUGCAAUCUACAACUAAAUCUAAGUCCGAUUCACUACCGCCGCGGAGAAUGUAUCACGAAAAAUCUUCAGAAACCGGUUCUAUACACGACGAUUCGCUGAAAAAGACACACGAUGCUUCUAACAAUAUUCAAGCUCCGAUCAAACCUAACUCUGAAUCGUCACUACCAUUGACACAGCAAGUGAAAAUCAUCGAAGUACCAGUCGAUGGUCUUCAUCGAUCUUCAUCAGGUUCACCAAGUUCAUCGAGCUCUUCAUCCUCAUCCUCAUCAUCGCAUCGGGUGCUUGUGAACAUCACUAUAGCUUCUGGAGACUCGGCUUCCUCGAAACCGCUUUACGUGCUGUCUGUCUCUGUCCCAACCAAUGGUGACGAUGUCAAUGACAAACAAGCCACUAAAGUAAACGUGGACGAGGUUAAAGUUCACGAGACACCUGUGGAAAGUGCUUCGAGCAUGGCAAAGAACUCUGUCGCGAAUUCUGAAGACAAUCGAUUGCCUCCGCCGCCUCAGCCACCAUCUUCUCCACCGCCACCAAUUUGGGCUGGUGGCGAGUGCGAGUGCUCAUGUCCAUGUAUGGGCUCAUCCUCUGACGAGUGGGAUCCAUUUUCAGCCAUAGAUGAUACCCUGAACUUCGAGGAUCAACCACAUAAUUUGAAUCUUUCGAUGGAUGAAAUAGAUGAGCGUCAAGAGUCUGCAGUGUUUGAUGGGGUCACACUGAAACAGAUGGACUCUAAGGACGGAAAGGAAACUUCUGUAAGUUUGGAGAAGGAGCCUGUAAAAGAAGGAACGAGUACGAGCUAUGAGAAUGAUUAUGAAUCGACGACUGAGGAGAGUACUGGGACUGUUGACUGGACUACUACUCCGAGUUAUGAGGAUGAGUCGAGCAGUGUAGGCUUAUCGUGUUCUGGGACAACUCCAUUACCCCCAGAACCCACUAUACUGAUCCUGGAAGGUGCAAGAACUUUCCCCGCCAGGUCCUUUCCACCUGACGGAACGACUUUCGCCCAAGUGGGUCUCGGACAGAAGCUCAGCAAAGAGAUUCCACCAUACAGCUACUGGAACAUGCAAUUCUACCAGUCGGAAGCCGCGUACGUGCGAUUCGACUAUAAUAUUCCUCGUGGAGCCAGUAUCGGCGUCUACGCAAGAAGAAACGCUCUUCCUACGCACACGCAGUACGAUCUUCUGGAAGUACUGAGUGGUUUCAAGGCCAGAACCACACGGGCGUCCCAUGUUAGUGUUAUUCCAUCGAUCAAGAAGGAAGUGACGCACUAUAUGGAGCCUGGUCAUUGGUUCCUUUCAUUGUACAACGACGAUGGUGAUCCUCAGGAAGUGUCGUUUAUAGCUAUGAUCGCGGAAGACAUGACGCACAAUUGUCCGAAUGGCUGUAGUGGAAAGGGUGAAUGUCUGCUGGGUCACUGCCAAUGUAAUCCUGGUUUCGGUGGCGAAGAUUGCAGCGAGAGCGUUUGUCCUGUUCUCUGUAGUCAACGUGGCGAGUACAUAAACGGAGAGUGCCAAUGCAACCCUGGCUGGAAGGGCAAGGAAUGUUCCCUGCGACACGACGAAUGCGAAGUGCCUGAUUGUAACGGACACGGCCAUUGCACCAAUGGAAAGUGCAAUUGCGUACGUGGCUACAAAGGAAAGUAUUGCGAGGAAGUGGACUGCCCUCAUCCGACUUGCUCUGGCCAUGGUUUCUGCGCGGAGGGCACCUGCAUCUGUAAGAAGGGGUGGAAAGGAGCAGAUUGUAGCCAGAUGGACAAAGAAGCGUUACAGUGUUUGCCCGAUUGCAGCGGACAUGGAAAUUUCGAUCUUGAGACGCAGACUUGUCUAUGUGAGCCUAUGUGGUCUGGAGACGACUGCUCGAAAGAAUUAUGCGAUUUGGAUUGCGGUCCCCACGGGCAUUGCGUUGACAAUGCUUGCGACUGUUUGCCCGGAUGGUCCGGCGAAUUGUGCAAUCUAAAGCAAUGCGAUCCUCGAUGCAACGAACAUGGCCAAUGUAAAAACGGGACCUGUUUGUGCGUGACUGGUUGGAAUGGAAAACACUGCACCAUGGAAGGUUGCCCGAAUUCCUGCUCUGGACACGGACAGUGUAGAGUCGGCAACGAUGGUCAAUGGGAAUGCAGGUGUUACGAUGGCUGGGAUGGCAAGGACUGCAACGUGCUUCUUGAACAGAACUGCAAUGACGGAAGAGACAAUGACAAAGACGGUCUCAUCGAUUGCGCGGAUCCGGAAUGUUGCUCGAAUCAUAUAUGUCGUAGCAGCCAACUUUGCGUGUCAGCACCGAAGCCGAUCGAUAUACUUCUGCGAAAGCAGCCGCCGGCCAUCACCGCUUCCUUCUUCGAGAGGAUGAAAUUUUUAAUCGACGAAGGCAGUCUUCAAAAUUACGCGCGUCAAGAAACCUUCAACGAGAGUAUGUUCUGGAAUCACUUCAACACAAGUCGAUCGGCUGUUGUCCGUGGCCGCGUUGUCACGCAUCUUGGCACCGGUCUGAUGGGAGUGCGAGUCAGUACCAGCACACCCCUGGAAGGCUUCACCUUGACGAGAGACGACGGCUGGUUCGAUCUCCUGGUGAACGGCGGUGGCGCGGUCACUUUACAAUUUGGAAGAUCGCCAUUCAAACCGCAGAGCCACAUUGUUUUUGUACCAUGGAACGAGGUGGUAAUAAUCGAUAAGAUAGUCAUGAGCACCGCAGAAGAAAAGCAAACAAGCCACAUUCCAUACGCUUGUGCAGCGCACGAUUACGACCUGAUGAAACCGGUGGUCCUGGCAACGUGGAAGCACGGUUUCCAGGGAGCGUGCCCUGACAAAAGUGCUAUUCUGGCCGAGUCCCAAGUUAUACAAGAAAGCCUGCAAAUACCUGGCACGGGUCUCAAUCUCGUUUACCAUAGCUCCAGAGCAGCCGGCUAUCUCUCCACCAUACAGCUGCAGUUGACCCCAGAAGUCAUACCUCCAACGCUUAAUCUAAUUCAUCUGAGAAUCACAAUCGAAGGAAUUCUGUUCGAGAAAACCUUCGAAGCAGAUCCAGUGAUAAAAUUCACAUAUGCUUGGAAUCGACUGAACGUGUAUAGGCAACGCGUUUAUGGUGUCACCACUGCUAUGGUGAAAGUUGGAUACGAGUAUAAUGAUUGCAAAGAUAUUAUUUGGGAUGUUCAAACGACGAAACUGAGUGGCCAUGACAUGUCUAUUUCUGAAGUUGGAGGCUGGAAUUUGGAUAUCCAUCAUAGAUACAAUUUCCACGAGGGGAUUCUUCAGAAAGGAGAUGGCUCGAAUAUUUAUUUGAAACAAAAGCCUAGAGUGAUUUUGACCACUAUGGGCGAUGGACAUCAAAGGUCUCUGGAUUGCUAUGACUGCGAUAGACAAGCAGAAGCUUCUAACCAGAGGCUUCUUGCACCCGUUGCUCUUGCAACUGCUUCUGAUGGAUCUAUCUUUGUUGGGGACUUCAAUCUUGUCAGAAAGAUUCUUGUCGAUGGCACUGUUAGAACUGUUGUUCGGCUCAAUGCAACAAGGGUAUCCUACCGUUAUCACAUAGCCCUCAGCCCUCUAGACGGCUCCCUCUACAUUUCUGACCCAGAAUCACACCAAAUCAUUCGUGUGCGCGACACCAACGAUUACUCUGAGCCCGAUCACAACUGGGAAACAGUCGUCGGCUCUGGAGAACGUUGUCUUCCUGGCGACGAAGCUCAUUGUGGCGACGGUGCUCUGGCCAGAGACGCUAAACUUGCCUAUCCCAAAGGAGUAGCAGUCUCUGCAGACAACGUGCUCUAUUUCGCCGAUGGAACUAACAUCAGAAUGGUCGACAGAGAUGGUAUAAUCACCACAGUAAUUGGAAAUCACAUGCACAAGUCACACUGGAAGCCAAUUCCUUGUGAGGGUACUUUAAACGUGGAAGAAGUUCAUCUUCGUUGGCCUACAGAAUUAGCAAUCAAUCCUCUGGACAACUCGUUACACAUGAUAGAUGAUCAUAUGGUGCUUCAAUUGGCUCCUGAUGGUCGUGUCAAGGUCGUUGCUGGACGUCCUCUUCACUGUGCUUCUCCAUCUUCAUCGUUUGACACUGAACUAGCUACACAUGCUACCUUGGUGAUGCCUCAGAGCAUUGCAUUUGGCCCUUCAGGAAAUCUAUAUAUAGCAGAAAGUGAUUCUCAAAGGAUUAAUCGUGUGAGAGUGAUUGGUACAGAUGGUAAAAUUUCACCAUAUGCUGGAGCGGAGUCCAAGUGUAAUUGUUUGGAACGUGGUUGUGAUUGUUUCGACGCUGACCAUUAUCUUGCUUCCACUUCGAAGUUUAAUACGAUAUCUGCAGUUGCCGUUUCUCCUGAUGGAGUGGUUCAUAUUGGUGAUCAAGCGAAUUACAGAAUUCGAUCCGUGAUGGCCAGCAUUCCUGAUGCUAGUGGUGCUAGAGAGUAUGAGAUUUAUUCUCCAGACACUCAAGAAAUCUAUGUAUUCAAUAGAUUUGGUCAACAUGUUGCUACCAAGAACAUACUCACUGGAGAGAUUGUUUAUCAGUUUACUUACAAUGUAAAUACUAGCAAUGGAAAGCUGAGCACUGUCACAGAUGCAGCUGGGAAUAAAGUAUUCUUGUUAAGAGACUACAGUAGCCAGGUGAACUCCAUUGAGAACACUAAGGGACAGAAAUGCAGGCUGAGGAUGUCUAGAAUGAAGAUGUUGCACGAAUUGAGCACUCCAGACAAUUAUAAUGUAACCUUCGAUUACCAUGGACCCACUGGUUUAUUGAAAACCAAAUUAGACAGCACAGGAAGGAGUUAUGUGUACAAUUAUGAUGAAUUUGGCAGGCUCACCUCUGCAGUCACUCCAACAGGCAAAGUGAUCAGUCUGACUUUUGAUCUAAGUUUGAAAGGAGCAGUUGUGAAGGUUGGACAGAAUAAUAGAAAACCAAUCUCAAUGCUCAUCAAAGGAUCGUCUGUGGUUACGAAGGUUGGAGAGGCUGAGCAGAGAACAACAGUUCUUUCUGAUGGUUCAGUGGGUCAGGUCACACCAUGGGCUCAUACUGUCAGUACAGAUACCUUACCAUACUCAGUAUUGGCGGAAAUAGAACCAUUGUUAGGUGAAAGCUACCCAGUUCCUGCUAAGCAGAGAACAGAGAUCGCUGGGGAUUUAGCAAACAGAUUCGAAUGGCGAUACUUUCUCAGAAAGUUUCAAGGGAAUAAAUAUAGAAGCGAAUCGAAGACUGUGGCACAAGUUGGUAGAAAGCUUCGCAUCAACGGGGACAUUUUAUUGUCUCUUGAAUAUGAUAGAGAAACUAACAGCGUGGCAGUGUUCAUGGAUGAUGAUGCGGAGCUUUUAAAUGUCACCUAUGACAGAACAGCAAGACCAGUUAAAUGGGGACCCAGAAAUGGAAUCUUCUCCGGUGUAGAGCUUGAAUAUGAUCGUUUUAGUAGAUUGACAAGCUGGACCUGGGGAGAUAUCAGUGAAACCUAUGGCUUUGAUAGAGCUGGAAGAUUAUACGAAAUUAAAUAUAGUGAUGGAACAUCCAUGGUGUAUGCAUUUAAGGACAUGUUCAGUAGUCUUCCACUGAAAGUAACUACACCAAGAGGAAGUGAUUAUUUGUUGCAAUAUGAUGAAGCUGGAGCACUGCAGUCGUUAACCACUCCUAGAGGACAUAUUCAUGCGUUCUCACUACAGACUUCUCUUGGGUUCUAUAAAUAUCAGUACUACUCGCCGAUGAACAGACAUCCGUACGAGAUUUUGUAUAAUGACGAUGGACAGAUCUUGGCGAAAGUGUACCCGCAUCAGAGUGGCAAGGUUGCUUACGUUUAUGAUCAUACUGGGAAGCUGGAAACUACUCUUGCUGGACUGUCUUCGAUCCACUACACGUAUCAAGAAACCACGAGCCUCGUCCAUAGCAUCGACAUUAACGAACCCAAUUUCGAGAUGCGUAUAGAGUACAAAUAUCACGCAGGAAUCGUUAAAGAUGAAAAGAUCAAAUUCGGUAGCAAAAGUGGCUUGGACAACGCACGCUAUCGUUACCAAUACGAUGGCAAUGCCAGGAUAUCCGGUAUCGAAGUUGACAUCAACGGCAAACAACUUCCACAAUUACGUCUGAAAUACAAUCAAAACCUGGGAAUAUUGGAAGGCGUAGGAGAUCUCAGAAUAUAUAGAAAUCUCUUUAACAGAUCUGUAAUGCAAGAUAGUAGCAAACAAUUCUUCACCGUCACUGAUUAUGACGAGCAUGGUCGAGUUAAAACAGUUUUGAUGAACAUUAGAUCAUUGGAUGUAUUUAGAAUGGAACUCGAAUAUGAUAACCGAAAUCGUAUAAAGAUGAGAAAAUUGUCUAUUGGAAAAGACGCCAUGGAGAAGAAAGAAUGGACAAAGAUGGAGAAAAUAACUUAUAAUGCUGACGGACAUGUUUUAGAAGUUGCUGAUACUGAGAAUAAUUGGCAAUAUGCUUAUGAUGAAAAUGGUAAUGUGAUUGGAGUUACAGAACAUAAUGAGAAGAUCGCAUUAGGUUAUGAUAGUGGAGAUCGGGUUGUUCAAUACGGUGACGUCGAGUUUAACUCUUACGAUGGACGAGGAUUUGUUGUUAUUCGAGGAGAGCACAAGUACAGAUACAAUUCACGCGGUCAACUGAUCCACGCUUCCGAGCACAAGAAGUUCCAGAUCUGGUACUUCUACGACGACCGUGGCCGACUGGUCGCCUGGAACGACGACCGCGAGAACAUCACGCAGUUCUUCUAUGCGAAUCCAAAGACGCCGGAUUUGAUCACGCACAUCCAUUUCCCGAAGUCCUCGAAAACCUUCCGAUUCCUCUACGACUCCCGCAAUUUCCUCAUGACAGUGGAGACAUCAGAGCAAAGAUUCUACGUUGCAACAGAUCAAAAUGGCUCUCCUCUAGCUCUCUUUGACACCAAUGGAAAUCUGAUAAAGGAGAUGAGACGUACACCAUUUGGAAAAAUCAUCAAGGACACCAAUCCAGACUUUUACUUGCCCAUAGACUUCCACGGUGGUCUCCUGGAUCCAAACACUAAAUUAGUUUAUCUAAACAAGCGCUUGUACGAUCCGACUGUUGGCCAGUGGAUGACACCAGCGUGGGAGCAAAUGGCCAACGAACUCACCACUCCAACCGACAUUUUCAUCUAUCGUUUCCGUAAUAAUGAUCCAAUUAAUUUCAAACAGAAUGUGGAAUACAUGACUGAUCUGGCUAGUUGGCUGAAACUAUAUGGCUACGAUAUUUCUGCAAUGCUUGGUUCCGAAUACAUGAAACAAAUGGUAUACCAACCUAGCGCAACCAUCACAUCACCUCAAUUGACCCCAGACUUUGGUGUUAUGUCUGGUUUACAGUGCAUUGUGAAUCGCGUACACGAAAAGUUCUCAGAUCUAGGUUUCGUCCCUAAACCAUUACUCAAGCUGGAACCGAAGACGAGGAAUCUUCUUCCCAGAGUGGCUCAUCGUCGCGCCGUCUUUGGAGAAGGUAUCCUAGUUUCCCGUGUCGGUGGAAGAUCACUUGUCAGUGUAGUAGACGGUGUGAACAGCGUAGUCCAGGACGUAGUGACAUCCGUGUUCAACAACUCAUAUUUCUUACCUCUACACUUCAGUGUCCACGAUCAAGACGUGUUCUAUUUUGUGAAAGACAAUGCACUGAAAAUUCGUGAUGACAUGGAGGAACUUCGUCGUCUAGGUGGCAUGUUCAACGUCUCAACCCAUGAAACUACGGAACACGGUGCAGGUACCUGGAAAGAACUAAGAUUACACAAUCCAGACGCUGCUGUGGUGAUCAAGUAUGGAGCUGAUCCUGAACAAGAGAGACACAGAAUAUUAAAACACGCUCAUAAACGAGCAGUAGAAAGAGCUUGGGAGAUAGAGAAGCAAUUGGUUAUGGCUGGUUUCCAAGGAAGAGGCGACUGGUCUAAAGAAGAGAAAGAUGAACUAAUUAGUCGAGGCACGGUUAGUGGCUACGAAGGUGUGGACAUUCAUAGUGUGCAUAGAUAUCCACAAUUAGCUGACGAUCCUGGUAAUGUAGCGUUCACGAGAGAUACCAAAAGGAAACGAAGAAAGAGUGGAAACAGGCGUAACAGAAUCCACAGGCAUGACUCGUGAUUCGAGGAUGUGACGCGGGAUCGUAACGCUAUUUGGGACUUGAUUCACGCGCCCACGUGAAUCGCGCCGCCGGACAAAAAACGAAAGAAUACUGAAGAGAGACAAGACUAACGUUCGUUCCAUCGAGCCGAUUAUUAUAAGGCUCGUCGUAUACGUGCCGUCUAUCCUCUAAUCCUCCCCGAUCGUUCUCUCUGUUCUCUUCUCACCGCACUCGUGGAUCAAAAUAGCGGACAAGGAAGCGAAGAAACGCGUCCUCUCGAUCAGUGGCGCUGCUGUCUUUAUUUCGUGUGUAGCAAACCCCGCUCGGUGUGCCAUAAUAGCGUCGCUUGUGAUUCAAUCGUGUUCGUAAUCGUUUCUUUUGUCGACAGCGCGAUCGAAGAUGUCCGUUCGAGUAAGUUUAUUAACAUACGUACACGCCAGAGGUGGAAAUAUCGUAAUGUGGUGUUAAGAUUCAGCUAGUCACUGAAAGAAAAGGAAAGAAGGGAAGCUUGUUACGUGGUGAUUAGUUUGUAAUCAAACGGGAUGAUACUUACUCUCGCGAGUAUAAGUAUAAUUACGUGUUAUAAGACUUUGAAGUUAUGUGCAUGAACUUAAGGUGCCGUCCGUGAAACGAAAUUCAAGAAAAGACGAAGCCGAAGAAAAUAGAGGACGAGUGCGUGAAAGAGAUAGGAGAGAAGUACUUUCAUGCUCGUUCAGAGUGAUCGAUCGAUCUGGAGCUUGGUGUAUCGAUGCAACAGGGUCUAAUGAGACGUGCACGUCGGGAGCGUUUUCGUUCUCGUAGAAGGAAUUAUAUUUAUGCAAGACGACGAUACUUUUUUCGCGACCUAUAGAUCAACAUGCGAAGGAACGAAAGGGAAAUGCAAAAGAAAAAAUGAAAAAAAAGGAAAGAAAAUAGAUACGUCGACACAAUAAAUAUACAGCAGAUAUUUUUAACAUGACGCAAAUGAUGUGCUAGUGCGAGGCGUGCGAUUGUACAUAUAGCUACUCGAUUAAUCGUAAUGUGUAGAUAAUAUAUAUAUAAUAUAUAUAUAUAUACAUAAAGAAACCGGUAAACUUAAGUGGAAACUGUCGAUAAUGCUUUUAUAUAUGUAUACAUGUACACACACGUACACGUGUAAUAAGCGUUCGUGUGUGUACCAAACACGCGACACACAUACGAAAUAUAUACAUACAAUAUAUACGAACAACACGCGAGACACCUACACCCAUUAUAUGUAGGAGAUGAUACGUGAAUUGAUCGAGAAAUGCGUUUUUCGAGAAGAGAAAAAGGAAAAUGAAUCGAGAUUGGAUUAACAUAGACUCAGGUCUACGCGUAUGUACUCUCGUUUGCCUGUUGAGAAAGAAUAUCCACCUGGAAAAAUCGAAAGAGAAAAAGAGAUAAAAGAUGCUGCGUUUAAUCUGUUCGAAAAUUGAAACGGCCGAUUACAUUAUAUGUAUGUGGAAAACGAGAGUGGAAAAAUAACGAAAAAACGUGUAAAUAGAUAUGAUAGAUAUAAAGAAAAGUUUGCGUGUCAUACUAAAAGCUAUACUAAUCCGGCGUGGAAUUCGUUACGUUGUAUUUUAUGCCUCGUGUCAGUACUUCGCGUGACGUGAUGUAACGGGACGAGCAAUAGACGAGCAAAGAUGACGUGACGAGAUACGUCAAGGUAAUAAUGUCCAGGUGGAAUAAUAAUAAUAGUAAUAAAAUAAUAAUAUAAUAACGAUAAUAAUAUAACGAUAACGGUAUAAUAAUAAUAACGUAAUAAUGAUAGUAAUAACGGUAUGAUAAUACUAAUACUAAUAAUAGUAAUAACUAAUAAAGAAGGAAAUAAUAUUAAUACGAUAUAAUAUACUAUUGUACGGAAAUACCCCGCCUAUCUUUCUACUAAAAAUGAAAAAUUAUUUUUUGAAUUGUGUCGUCAAAGAUGUCCUAUGUAACCGUGUGUCUGUGGGAUCGUCCCGUGGAAAUCAACCCUUGCGCCCCAUCGAGAUAUAUCGAAGAAUCUCUUUGAAAAAAAAAAUGCAACACCUCCUCUCUAUUUAAUAAGGGUAUAAACUGAAUUCAUCGGUGUUUAUCGGUAUUGGGUAAAUUAAAGAAAAGAAAAAAAGUAAAAAAAGAACACGAGUAGUAGAAGUCAAGUUCUGUGGUUUCUGAAACGAGGUGAAAUCUAAAAGGGGGGAGAGCAAGAGAGAGAUGAUGAAGAAAGGAAGAAACUGACAUAGAAAGUAAAGAACGUCAAAGGAACGAGAGAAAUAAAACGAUAACGCGAUAUAAUACGUACAUGUAAAAGUAAACGUAAAAAAUAGAGGAAUAGCGAGCCAACGUGCGAGCCACGUCGCUCAACCACGUUGUGUUCCAGGUAGUUGUACCGUGGACUUAAAGCAAAAUAAAAAAAACAUACAUAAUCAUAAUUAACAAAGUAAACGUACACUAGACGAGUUAAACGAGGGAUUUUAGUAAACGGUGUUAAGACUUGUGUGCUAGUGAACCUUUAAACAAUAAAUGAAAAAAAAAUUGAUAAAAAGCCGCUGUACAUAUCCGUUGUGUAUAGCCAGUGUGUCGCAAAACCCACGCAAGUAUAGUAGAUUCGCGUCCACGUUGUAAGAACGGUGCAUUUUUCUACGAAGUAACGGAAAGUGAUGGUCAAACGACGCGCGUGUCCUUAUUUUUUCUUUUUUUUAAACUCUUUUUAUUUUUUCUUUUUUCUGAGUUAACGAUCAAUCGUCACGUUCAAAAUUCGAACGACUCCAAUGAUGGCUCACUUUCGUCCGUUUCGUUUCGUUUCUCGACAGUUCCAUUUCCGAUUCGUUCAUCGAAUUGCCUCCAUUUUAGCGCAACUGGAUGGAUCGUUAUCGCGACUUUUCUUUUUAUAGCAGAUGAGACGAGGCCCGGGGUGACACGAGGCAUAUCAGUCUGUGAUCCACCAUUUUUCGAUAUUCCCCCAUACACGAACUUUAUAUCGUAACUUAAUACGGAUUUUACAUUCGUUCCUACCUUUCGAAGUUUUUUAGCGUUGGGCCAUAAUCAGCCUCGGGCUCGACUCUUGCCACAUAUUUAUAAUUAGGUUGGUGCAUAUGAAAUAUUGUUCUGAAGUUUGAAUUUACCGCUGCAAUAUCAUCCAUUCAAUUAUGUCCUAUCGUUAAUUGUCAACCACGUUAAUACGUCGAGUACUGAUGACCACAUGUUGGAGUCACGGCGGUGUUGCUUUCGAAGACACGUGACGCCACGUUAACGUCGCGUGAAAAUAUUUUUCGGUUCAAUUACAAUGGGAAGCCAUGCAUCUUCGACCCAGCACUCGUCGACUGUUAAAAAAGAAGAAAUUUAUUAUAAAUCACGUGCGUUCGAUAUUAAGAAAUUUUAGAAUAAAAACACGAAACUUAAACAAAUUUAGAGAAAGUGUCAGAUUUCUGGGAAUUUUGCAUUUGGGUAAUGUCGAAGACAUUUCUUCUCCCACCUAAGCAAUCUUUUAAUGCGUAAAUUAUUUUACUCCGUUCCGUUAUGACUGUUCGAAUUCUAAAACUGAUAAUUCUUAUGAAUCUAGAAUGAUCAGACAAUAAGCAUUGAAAAAGUAUAUUGAAUGAUAUAGAAAUUAUUUUGAUGAAAUGCGCGAUUAAAGUUUUCGAUGUGCACCUACCUAAUAAAUCGGUUCCAUUUUAGUAAAAUUUCUACCUGAUUUUUUAUUUCUUUGCCAUUUUCGACUCUCUCGAGAAUAUUAUAGAACAUUUAAAAGGGCGAUGCUUGUCUGAUUUGUCCGUUAACUCGCCGUUACCUGCCAUCCGCAAUGUAAUAGUGUUCUAGAUACUCAGCAUGUAAGACACAUGUGGUAUGUGUGAGCUCUAAGAUGACAAAGGAGCCGAUAGAUACCACACCAGGGAAAAAAGAAACACUUUUCUAUGUGUACUCGUCUAUACGCGAAACGAUACUUAGGGAGAAAAGAUGAAGAAAAAAACAACGGGAAUAUGAAGGUCCUGUGUACUCGAGUUAACUUUACGCUUAGCGCAUGGUCACCUUCGAGCGAUACAGCACCGUGAGAAUUCUGCUUUUGAAAUGCAAAUACAUAGCAUGACAUAAAAAGAUACCGAUAUCAACAACUGUAUAGGUUGUCCACUAAUAUAUGUGAAAUAUUUUAGGAAUUAAUUCAAUAUCUAAAAGCAGAGGUACCUUACCAUUUGAGAUAUAAUUACUUUUGCAAUAUUUUCUGAUAUUUCCCAAAUUUGUUGAAACUCAAUUUCACAUUGGAAUAUCUCGAUAUUUCCAAUAGGUGUUCCAUACGAAAUGGAUUAACAUACGUACGAAAUUCGCUAUAUAUUAUAAACAAAAAUUUAUAUGAACUUUUCUCGCUACUUUUAGAUACUGAAUCAACUCUACAAAUAUUUUCCACCUUUUAUUGAACACGUCUAAAAUGAAAGAUACUCGAAGUUUAAAAUCAGCUUUCCGAUUUAAUUAAAUCAAUCACAUUUAUUAUUCGUAAUCUAUACAUGUGUAUGGAACAAUAGAGCUCGCAGGAUUCUUGCGGAGGCUCGAUCCCGUGGUAAGUUGCGGAAUUAAUUAUUGUUAUGCUCGACACGAAUCUUCGCCGUCGACGGGAGACCGUCCGCUGUGUUUGGAGGGCGAACCGCGAUCGGCACGCGACUAAAAGAAAGCAAUACUUCGUAACUAUCGUGUAUAUCUUUAAAAGAAGAAAAAAGGAUAUCUAAUGCGUCUGACGAAAGAAAGAGAGAGAGAGAGAGAGAGAGGGAGAGAGAAAGAGAGAGAGAGAGAGGGAGAGAGACAGAGUAAAAGAGCGUGCAAGAAUGUGUGUCAGGUAAAAAAAUGAGGAAAACGUUCACAUGAACAAAGAAUGAAUGAGCAAAGAGUGAGCCAGAGCUAUUAUAGUAAAUUAAUAUAUAACAUAUGAGUUGUGUUAAACUAUAGCCGAAGAAGAAAAUCGCGCGCGUUUUUUACUUUUCUUUCUUUACGUUCGAAGACGAACGAAUUCUCGAAGAACCUCGCUGUGUAAGAGGAAACACAUUUGUUCGUGAUCGGUGUCUCGUUGUGUUUUUCCUGUUUUUCCAAGCGACACGUAAAAAACACGAUCGAUUUUUACGUGUCGCUGUGUCUUUUUGUACAUAUGCACAUACUGAACUGCACGUCGUCGUCGAUCGAAACUGCUCGAUAACAUAUUUCUAUUUUCAUCUUUAUUUUUGUUAAUCUUCGUUUUGAUUUCGUUGACAUUGUCGAUUACUGUGUGUGUGUUCCGUACGUACGACAUAUGUAGUAUAUGGUAAUCGAAGUGGCGACGCUUUUUUCUAUUGCUCAUGAAAACAGAAGGAUCGAGCGAAUCGGACAUACGCGACAUCGAUGUCGACGAUUUAUUUUAUUUAGGGUAUCCGCAAAGUAUCGAUAUAACGAUAGUUUCAUACAGAAUGAGCCACGCCAUCAUCCACGCGACAAAAGAAACAAAAAGACAAAAAAAGAAAACCAGUCACCUCGAUAAUUGCGCCCUUUAUACUUUCGUAUAGAGUACGGUUGAUCUAAAAGCGAUGUGAGAACAAAAAAGAGAAAAAGAAAAAUUCGAACAAUGAUUCCUUCCUCAUGAUUCGUAAUCGGCGAGCGCGGAACAUGGAUUGAGAAAUAAUUAGGAGGAAGGUUCCAUGGGACGCUAUUUUGCAGUUCGUCCGUUUUUCUCUCUGUAACUUUUUCGUUUUGUCCUUUCGUCUACGAUUGUACAUAUAUUAAUUAUUGCGAUCAUUAUGUAAAUAUUCUUCGACAACACAAAUGAAGAAGAUGAAUGAAAGAAAGAAAAAAAAAGAAAACACACACAACACACGCGCAGUCUGUCCGCGCGAGGUUUAUUUUAAAGACUACAUCAUUAUAUAAUGAUUACCAUGUAAUGAUAUUUAAUUGAUAAGGUAACAUAUAUUCUAUACUCUUACACGCUAAGUACUCAAUAAAUAUAUCUAUAAAA